AUUGGUCCGCUCUACACGGUCAACUCUCGCUAGGUUCAAGUUCUCCAACAGCAACCUAACUUCACUACUGUGAGCUAAAGGAGACUGCUCAGAACCAAAACACGGCUCUUCAUACAUAAUUUCAGGAGUGGUCUGCUAAUGACUGACAGAGAGGAGGUUAUGGACUCGUCAGAUAGCCGUGAUAUUGCGCCAUCAGCGAAGAAGAACGGGAAAACGUCGCUGCUGGACAGCGGUGAAGACUUUGAAGUUCUAGAUGAGGAAGACAUUGACGACGACGACCCUCCUCCUCUGGAAGAUGCCGGGGAAGGGAAGGGGAAAAAUGCAAAUCCUUCAGAAAAGAAAAACGCUGAUCCAGAACUCCCAGGUCAAGUCGAUGAAUGGCUGGAUGUUUUGGGUAGUGGCCAGUUAAAGAAAAAAGUCCUGGAGGAAGGUGAAGGACGGGACAGUCGACCACAGAAAGGACAGAAUGUGAAAAUUCGUCUUAAAACAAGCCUACUGGAUGGGACAGUUUUAGAGGAGAAGCCGGACCUCUCUUUCACUUUGGGAGAUGGUGAUGUAAUCCAGGCACUGGAUCUGGCAGUACAGCUAAUGGAAAUGGGCGAGAAGGCACUCAUCCAGACUGAUGCCAAAUAUGCAUAUGGUGCCAGGGGAAGCCUCGAACCUGCAGUUCCUCCAAAUGCUGAGCUGUCCCUAGAAGUGAAACUGCUGGAAGCUACUGAUGCUCCAGACCUGGAGCUGCUGCCCCCUGCAGAAAAGAUUGCCCUGGCCAGCCAAAAGAGAGAGCGGGGCAAUGCCCAUUAUCAGCGUGGAGACUAUGCUUUUGCUGUCAACUCGUACAGCAUUGCUCUGCAGAUUACAGAGUCUAGUUCUAAAGUUGACAUCAGCCCUGAGGAGGAGAGUGAGCUUUUGGAUGUGAAAGUGAAGUGUCUAAACAACAUGGCUGCUUCUCAGCUGAAACUAGACCACUACGAUGCAGCACUCAAAUCUUGUGUCUCAGCGCUUGAACACCAGCCAGACAACAUAAAAGCACUUUUCCGUAUGGGCAAGGUACUGGCCUUGCAAGGUGAAUACACAGAAGCCAUUCAAAGUUUAAGGAAGGCACUGAAACUGGAACCAAGCAACAAGACAAUCCAUUCUGAGCUCUCCAAGCUGGUGAAGAAGCACUCGGAACAGAGGGGAGCAGAGCAGGCUAUGUAUAAGAAGAUGCUCGGAAACCCCUCUAAUAACAGCACACAGAAACCACGGGCCAAGUCUUCGUGGGGUCUCAGCUGGAAAUGGCUUUUUGGUGCCACUGCAGUAGCCAUCGGCGGUGUAGCUUUAUCCGUUGUCAUAGCUGCUAGAAAUUGACGCGAACCUGUAGUGAUGGCCUGACCAGUACCACACAGUAGGAGAGCCUAAACACAAAAGCACAUCUGGCAGUGCCUUCUGACCUUUGGUCAAAGGAGGUGGAAAUGUCAGUCGGUCAGUUGCCUCUUCACUGUCACUCUCUCCUCUCUGCUAUGUUUGAGAACUUUGUGACAAAUUCGAAGUCAUCAGUAAUUGCAUAUGAGAAAUGCAUUUCCAGUCUUGUAAAUGUGUAGGUUUAUAAAUAUCUGUCGCAUUUUCAUUUUGAAUCACUUUUCUUUUGCUGCCAUUUCUUUUUCAGUGUGGUCGAUAAACUGAUUAUCGGAACACUGAAGUGAAAAACAUGUAAAAAUGGAUUAAGAUAGAAGGUAUUUAAAAAUGAAUAUUUCCCAUUUAAAAAACAAAACAAA